UCCAAAUUUGUUUCCUUUGGCUUUCUCUUUUUGUAAUCUCCAGUUACUAAAUCCUAAACUUCCACCAUGAGAAGUCAUUCCAAUUGUCUUACAACAUUCUCCAAAGUUUUUAAGCAAACAUCACACAAAAUAAAGUCCCAAUUAGGUGGGAACAAAGCAAAGAAACAAUAUCUGGCACUUCCAGAUGGACUAUGUCGUCAGUUUUCACUAGCUGAGAUUAAGGCUGCUACGAAAAACUUCCAUGAAGACAUGAUUAUUGGUCAAGGCAGUUAUGUAGGUUCAAUUUAUAGAGGGAUUAUAGAUGAUGGAACCUUGGCCGUUGCUGUCAAAUGCUUCAAAAACUUUGAUCAAGAGUUGAUAAUGGGUGGAGGAGUUCAAGAGUUCCGAACUGAGGUGCAAUUUCUUUGCCAACUGCGUCACCCAAAUCUCGUGCCUCUCAUUGGAUUUUGCAAUGAGAAAAAUCACAUGAUCCUCUUGUAUGAAUACUCAGGCAAAGGGACACUUUACGAUCAUCUCCAUGGCGAGUGUGAUCCACUCCCAUGGAAACAGAGGCUGAAGAUAUGCAUUGGAGCAGCGCGAGGAUUACAUUACCUUCAUGCUGGCGCAAAGCAUGCGGUAAUUCACCGCAACAUCAAUAGUAGCAAUAUUCUUUUGGAUCAAGAAUGGGGCUUUAAGCUCUCUGACUUUGGGUAUUCCAUGUUUGGUCCCCCUGCCAUGUCAAAUGCUUUAAGACAAAUUGAGCAAGACCUUGUUGGUACUGAAACUACUGAAGGCUAUAUCGGUGAGGAACAGCUUCAGAAUCAUCUUGUGACGGACGAAUCUGACGUUUACUCCUUUGGUAUUCUUUUGUUUGAAGUACUUUGUGGUGGAGAGGUAAUCGUUCCACUUUAUCUGAUUUUCACAUGCAUCGAAAACGAGACCAUUCAUCGUAUCAUUGAUCCGCAUCUGAAAGGAAAGAUAGCUCCAGAAUGUUUCAGGAAAUUCGUGGAGAUAGCUUAUAGUUGUAUUGGCAAGAAGGGAAAUGAACAGCCUGCGAUGGGUGAAGUGCAGGUGAUGCUAGAGCAUGUGUUGGAGCUGCAAAACAAAGCAGACUCUGAAAUGAAAAGUAUAAAUCCUCAUGCUGAAUGUGUGUACCCAGAAGCAUCAUUUCAAGCAUCCGUUGACUAUGCUAUUCCUGAUUUUUAUUUCGGAGGUGGAGGUGUCAGAUUAUCACUUUAGUUCACGGUAUUGAUGGAGACUUAUUCGAACGAGAUAUAGCAGUCUGAGCACCAUUCUCAUGAAAAUUUUCAGCCUAAUGGUUAGGUUUCAUAACCACAUUUGUUGUCACAAUCUUGGGAAUUCCUGUUCCCUUCCUUCUUCCUUUCUAUCCUCCUUACCAAGCGAGUCCUUACAAAAAAACACAAAUACUGCAACAGCUUGGGAAUUAAGUUGCUAUAUAAAUGUGAUCUUACUUGUUUCUUCU